AUGCUAAACACUGACCAACUGUUGGCCAGGGCCACAACGGAGAGACCAAGGCAGAGCACAGAGCCCUUGGUUCCAGGGACAGCCACAAGGCUGUUCAAACUUCUAUCAAGCAUCUCUCCAGAAGAACAAGGGAGCCUUGGGAGUCGUGACAGCCUCCAGAGUCAGAGCCUCCAGCUGCAGAGGUCUCAGAGCGCAGGGCAGACGACAAGGAAAAAACGCAAGCCCCAAAGACGGAACAAGAAAGGACGAGGUUCAGCUGAGGCAGAGGAUCUCUUCAGUUCAGCCUCUCGGAAGCCUUCCUUCCCUUUCCAGUGGGCCUGGGAGAGCUUCAUCAUAGAUGGCCAGGCUCUGCUUCAGCAAAGUUCCUCUGUGGUCCUGGGCCAACGAUCCCUGCUUUUGCCCCCAGCAGCCCCCCAGCUCAAGUCCAGGCGCAAGUCAGUAGCCAGCCUCUCAGAAGACCUCGGCUUCUGCCAGAAGACAGAAGUGCAAAACCAGGAGAGAAGAUAUCAGCUGGGGGCCGGGGGCAGCAUUGCCCUCCCUCCGGGCAACUCAGAGAGCCAAGGGCUGGAGCCAUGCAGCCAGGGUGGCUUCUGGCCACUAGGAAAAGGGUCAGGGUCAGAGUCUGAGGAUGUCUCAGAGGUGGAAGGCCAGGAUGCUGAGGGGACAGAGAGGGUUCUGAGCCCUGGGGAACUGCCCCAGCUCUCAGGGCAAGGCUUGACCUUGGAGGAGGAAUGGAUCUCAGAGGUGACAGAGGAGGAACACAGCGCCCCCCACAGGAGGAAGGGCAGCUCUCAACAUAAGGGGAGGAAUUCUGGAGAGAAGGCAUCUGAAGAAAGGGAGCUGCAGGGUCCCAGCCAGGGAAGCAGCUCCAGUUCCCACAGCCUCCGAAAGUCGCAGAGGGGCAAGUCCAUGGCCAAGGAUCUGAAGGGGCCCUGGGACCUGGAGCGGUUACACAGGCAGUUACAGGAGGAAUUGGAUUGCGGUCCCGAAAAGCAGACCUGGAAGGCUUUGCGGGCAGCUGUCCAGGCCUCUACCAGGAAUAGGAAGACCCCUACUUUGGGGGAUGAUGAAAGUUUCUUGUCUGCCAACUUCCCUAAUCGCACCUUCCAUAAACGACAGCAGGCCACUAGAAACCUGCUGCAGGCCUGGGAACAGCAGCAACUGGAGGAGCGGCAGCAGGCCGAGAUGCGUAGGGUUCGGGAGCAUCAGGUGCAGCAGCAGGUAGCUCGCUGUCUGGCAGCCUACACACCCAGAGGGAACAGAGGGGCCUUGGCUGCUCAGCGCAAACUGGAGGAGCUGAGGCGCAAAGAGCGACAGCGUUUUGCUGAGUACCAGGCAGAGCUGCAGGGUAUCCAGCACAGGGUGCAAGCCCGGCCCUUCCUGUUCCAGCAGGCCAUGCAGACCAACGCCAGGCUCACAGUAAAUCGGCGCUUCUCCCAGGUGCUGUCAGCAUUGGGAGUAGAUGAGGAACAGCUGCUGGCUGAGGCAGGCAAUGCAGAGGGAAUCGCCCAGAAACACAGGAGCCACCGGUCAUUUGGAGUAGAUAUGGAGCCCUCUUCUCAGAGCUCCCCAAAGAUAGAACACACCAGCGACCAGCCUGGAAGACUCCCCUCUCCCACCCUGGAACCAGCACACAGUCCCUGAGAUAAAAAUUAAAGACUUUAUGGCAAGUUCAGUGUGAGAUUUCUGAGUGGAGUUGGCUAUGUGAUAGGGGAGAGGUAGUGGCAUGUGGGUGGCCUAGCCUUAGCUGUUUCCCACUUAGGCUGGGAACCCUGGCUGCACCCCUUCUUCAGCAAACACAUGCUGUCUCUGCUACUGAGGAGUGAGGCACCUGGAAAGCAAUCAGCUGAGGCUUUUCCGUGCUUUCUCUAACAUACAUAUACCUGGGGACCUAGAAAUCCUAGGGAACAGGACCCUGCCUCUGAGGACUCCCAGUCUUGGAGUGGAGCUUUAAAGGAGCAUGCAAACCACACCAAAACAUGCCGAGAUGUACUUCACAGGAAGCGGAGAGGAGCAACUACUAUCAGAAGGGAGUGAGUGUGUGAACCUUUAACUUAAAAGCCCCUCUCGCUGAGCAGCGGUGGCCCACGCCUUUAAUCCCAGAACUCAGGAGGCAGAGCCAGGAGGAUCUCUGUGAAUUCGAGGACAGCCUGGUCUAUAGAGCGAGA